UAGCGAGACGACUGAUUGAGUCACUUGCUUCUCUUCCAAGAACCGACAAGAAAUCUGCCUCAACAAGUGCUAUAUAAAGAGAGAUUCUCGCUGUGAGCGGCCAGUCCUUUCUGCCAUCUUGAUGACAACCUGACUAGUCAGACAGGAGACGGUGCACUCACCACAGGCAGGAGACGGUGCACUCACUACAGGCAGGAGAAGGUGCACUCACUACGGACAGGAGACGGUGCACUCACUACAGACAGGAGACGGUGCACUCACUACAGACAGGAGACGGUGCACUCACUACAGACAGGAGACGGUGCAGGGUGCACUCACCACAGACAAGACAGUUCUAGAAGCGUCCAGCCACCAGCCUCCUAAUUCCGCGAAUUUCAGACUGUCAGUUCUUCAACAACAGACCAGUUUUCCACAAGGCCAACCAUCAUCUGGACGUGGCUAUGGCGAGUUUCUCACAAGAAGCCAGUCGCCGUGUCUGGCUCCUUCUUCUCCUGGUGUCUGCCUGUCACGCCGGAUGUAGGAGAGACAACUGGGGGCUCAGUUUUGACAACAGGGACGGCUUGUCCAGAUGUUCCGGGAGCAACGAGUACAUCAGAGGUUUCUACAGGAAUGUCCGACAGAUCCCAGACCUCCUUUACUCACUAGAAGAGGCGGUGUGCUGUACCUCACCCAGCCCCUACACUUGGGAUAAGACAAUGAUCUACCAGGCCAACUGGUGGGCCAGUUUUGACAGACCAAACACCUGGAACGUCUGUCCGCCCGGCUUCUUUCUACAAGGCAUGCAGCGGACAAAGGGGAGCCAGAGACUGGGGACCAUAGAGGAAGGCCGAUGUAUGAAGCCCGCCUCUCACCCUUACCAUUACGGACACUGCUAUGACCAGAACAUUUUGGCCUCCUUUGACAAUGAAGGAGUUAGCCAGUGCAAAGACGACUACUUCGUUACGGGGCUCUUUCGCUCACAGUGCGACGAGUUGUAUUGCCUUGAGUACUUAAAGUGUUGCAAAAUGGCCCCUCGGCCAGAUGCCAUCGACUCUCUAGAGAAAGCCAAGACCAAAGUGAUGGACAACACGUUGACGGAUAUGGCUGUGCUCGCUCAUUAUCUGGGUUUCGCUCACACCUACAGUUGUCGCGUGCCUUUUAUCGGGGAGGACUUCCGCCGAGAUGGAGACACGUGGCGAGCGGCCAAGAGGGGUCCGUGCACAGAACACAACAACCAACAUCGCCUCAGCAUCAACUACGCCGACUGGAAGUUCUCCAUCAAGAGCAUCUCUUUCGGCAGUCCUGUCAUACAAGACCUUCAGCCUGAGACCAUAGACUCUGGAAUCGUGAGAAACAGAUUUGCCUUCCCGGUGUCGCAUACCAUAUCACGCAGCAGUCACGUGACACGCACUGUCUCCCACACAGUGACCUCCUCUUGGAGACGUGCCCAUGACCUUGGCCUUAGUAUCGGGUACACUCCGGGUGUGUUGGGUGGCCUCAGUGGAAGCGCCAGCUACAACUUUCAUUACGAGACCUCCUCCUCUACAACAGACUCCACCGGCAAGGAACAAUCUCAAUCUUUCACCGUCUCUGAGUCCGUGGAUAUCCCGGCAAACCACGCCGUGAACUACACGUUCAUUCUCUCCAAGACUCGCACAACUGUCCCCUACACCGCCAAAGUCCUCAUCCACUUUUCCACAGAGUUUGAGAGCUUCCUCAAGUACGGGGGAGGCUUCCACAAGCAGGACACCAACUACCACUACGAGCACCGAGGCAGCAGGGACACGCCCACUUUCCGCUACCGCUUUGGCGGAGACAGACUGGCCUUCUACGAAGCUCUGAAACACCAGAGCGACUCCCUGGCUCGCCCCUGGAUGUGGGCGGACAUGAAGGCCAACUGGCCUGGUGCUCAAGCCUUGAUCAACGGCCUGGCCAGUGAAGGGCGCUACGAGUUCACGCUCACCGGAAAGUUUGAUGACGUCAGCGGCAGAGAUCUGAGGGUGGACUGGAGAGAGAUUUCUCCUGACCCCGCUACAUCCGGGGGAUUACGGAAUCGGAGGUCAGCGGGUCAUGGAGGUCAUGGAGGUCACAUCGCCGGUGCAAGAACCACAACCCCGGACGUCUCAGAAAUAGCACCAGCAACAACAGCAGCAACAGCGGCAACAGCGGCAACAGCAGCACAAGAUGUGGACAGCGCCACCAUAGAUAUGGUAGCUCGUGAGCGGCCCGGGGACCCACCCAGCGUGUAUCCGCCUCCUCCUCGCGUGGGGCUAGACCCCGUGUCCCAAGAACAUCAGCCCACAAGUGUACCUAUAAAUCACGAGGCUUAAUACAAUACACUCAAGUGUACCUGUAAAUCACGA